AUGGGUCUAUUCUCUAUAUUCAGAGGGUCAUCACCGCCGGAUUAUGAAACGCUUCUUGCUCGACUAGCGACGGACAUCAAUGAAGCCAAGACACAUCUAUCAGAAAUCCGUCUUCGGGAACGAAGGGUAUCGUUAUUAAUCAACUUGUACGGCAUAGCUCUGUGGGCGGUAUGGGUCGGAUUAUGGUGGGUACAUGGACUACCAUUGAGUUUAAUAGGGUUGAAUCAUCAUCAAACGGAGGGGAAAGUCAUUGGUGUUAGUGGAAUUGCUGGAGGUCCUAUCUUUAUCUGGGGAUUGAAUAGAUUGAUACAUGCAUGGUUUACAAGACAACGGACCCGUGAAGAAACUCAUCUUCGAUUGUUGUUGACACAACAACGUAAACACCUUGAGGAGAUCAAAAAAGCAACUAAUUACGAUUCGACACGUAAACUUAUUGAAAGAUAUGAUGAUCCUUCUGGACCUCAAGGACCCCAGACGCCUCAAAGGCGAACACCUGAAUCACCCUCUCCAGUAGGUCCAGGAAGUGCUGGAAGUAUUGGUAAAGGAGGAAAUCGAACCGCUGGUCAAGGCGGAACACCGAGAGCUCCAGGACAUUUACUCGGCGCGGGAGGUACUCCUGGAUCAUCACCAAAUUCCCCUAUACCCGUCCCACAAGGGUUAUCACCUGAUCAAGCUGCAGCUCUAUCAAUGCAGAUGCAUGCGAUACAACCUGUUUUGCCUACUCCAGAGAAAAGAUGGUACGACAGAAUCGUAGACACUAUCUUAGGUGAAGAUCCAACCCAUGCUGCUCAAAGUAAAUAUGCGUUAGUAUGUGAGAAAUGUUUCAGGCAUAAUGGAUUAGUAGGGAGCCAAUAUGAAUGGGAGAGAAUGCAAUGGAUCUGUCCAAGAUGUAAUCAUCUCAACCCUCCACCUAUCUCUCGCUCUCAUCCUGAUCCUAAUUCUACUCCAAACACGACACCUUCGAAACCAAUCCCCGCUGCAACUUCCCAUGUUCAACGUAGAACAAGCUCACCUAGACGACGGACAGCAGGAGAGAAAGGUACGCCCAGAUCCUCGAGAUUGGGCAAAGAAGUUUUUUCAGCUAGCAGCUCAAGUGAUGAAGACGUUCCAAAAGCAGAUAGAGUCAAAGAAGAGGACAUGGAUCUCGACGAGAACUGA